UACUUCCUCCUGGAAAUACUUUAAAUUAAAUUAAAAAUAUCUUAACUAACAAAACAAAUAUGUGUGUAGUUAAUUGUUUAUCAAAGUAACACAUAAUACAGUUCAAUAGAAGGAACGGAAUGUAAUUGUUUAGGAUGGGUACUGUCAUAGUGGAGCUGUACUGGAAACAUGCAGCAAACACUUGCAGAAACUUUGCAGAGCUUGCUAGACGUGGUUUCUACAAUGGCGUCAAGUUCCACAGAAUCAUUCCCGACUUCAUGAUUCAAGGAGGAGAUCCGACAGGCACUGGGAGAGGAGGAGCUUCUAUCUAUGGACGGUACUUUGAUGAUGAAUUUUCUGAUGAAUUAAAACACACUGGCGCUGGUAUUCUGUCCAUGGCGAACAGUGGACCCAAUACGAACGGAAGUCAGUUCUUCAUCACGUUGGGCCCAACCCAGUGGCUUGAUGGAAAACAUGUGAUCUUCGGUCGUAUUCAGAAUGGGAUGCAGGUGAUCAAGAGGAUGGGCAGUGUGGAGACUGACAACAAUGACCGCCCAGUGGACGACAUUAAGAUUGUCAGGUCAUCGAUUACACCGUCAUGACAACCAGAGACACUGGUGAAUCGGUUUGAGUUACGAGUGGUCUCACAUCCCACUUUGACAGUCAGGAAGAUUUGGUGAAUGAGUGGUGAUGUUGGGGAUGGAAGGAAGCACAUACGUAGUAUGUAGUUUUGACAGGCAGGUGCAGAUCCAAGGGGUGGGUGCUGGGGGUGCACAUCUCACUUCCUAGACUUUGUUUAUUGGAUGAAUAUAAUGACUGGUAUUUUUUUUUUUUUUUUAAUUUGUGGAAGAUAUGAUAUGUUGUCUUCAAUUGAAUGGCAGCAUGUUUUUGGGAAGGAUUGCCUGUAUAAAAUGAACAUUAAUAUUAUAAUUUGAAGUACUUUUGAAUCUGCACCCAUCGUUAGAAAAGCAUGUAUCUGCCUCUGGCUAAUAUGGGGAUGAUGAACAUUAGUUCAGCUGAGUAGCAGUGGGAGACUUUGCACUCCUACAAAAUAUACUGUUUGUAAGGGGAAAUAACUCUGUUCGAUUAUUUUUACAUGACGUGAUCUGGGCAAAUAUUUCCGAAGCUAUCUUAGUGCUGUGGAAUCGUGAAACUAUCAUAAGCUAUUAUGACGUGUGCUGUAGUGACGUCAUAACCUACAAUGGUUUUAGAUUCUUAACGCAAAGAUAGCUUCGAAAAUCCCUAGCCUGGAUACCAAAUUAAUAUGCCUGAGUACUCAAACAAACUUUAAGGUUUAAUCUUAUUUUAUUUCAUGCAUGUUAAUAUUAUGAAUUUUCUGAAUUAACACAUUCUAUGUUUUGUGGUAGUUUUUUAGUCAAAAUUUUGAGCUUCAACCUCAAUACAAAAGAAAAUGAAUUAUGAGUUAAUUCCCUUCAGUUGUAAACAUUGUUUGCUCGCAUUCACCUAACCAUAAUCCGGUCAGUAUUUGUAGUCUAAGAUUGCUACUGAAAUGUAUGUUUGGACUGGGAUUUUGUGCACACAUCAACUCAAGUGGGCAGUUCCUACUCCAAAUCAUAUGAUCAGAUAUGUAUAAUUGUUAUAUACAGGUAGAAGACCACAGUUAUUGUGAAUCUUCAGCUGAGAUUUGUGCAUACCAGCCCCUGACAUCCUAAAUGCCCACCUAUGCUUUAAAAAUAAAUAUAUUGGUAUUUUUAGUAUCAGGAAAAUUACUAAUGUGGUCAUAAUUAUAAAGAUGGCUCAUUUUAAAUAUUUUGAGUUAAUUUGUUUGAUUAAAUUCCAAAAUGUGUCCCAAACUGCAUUUUUGACAAAUCACACCCAAGUGGUAUUUGGCAGAUAUGGGGCAUAUAUUUAUAGAAACUUUGCUGAUCAAACCUUACAAAAACUCUCAUCAGGUGUAGCUAAUAAAUGUUUCACAAAAUCAGCUUAUUUAAAAAUUACUAAAAUUGUUCACAUCCCAUUUUUGUCAUAAGGAAAACUCAGUGCAUGAAUACCAAGCCUCAUUACAGCUAAACCAUUUGCACUCCUGGUGAAAAACCAAAUGUAAUUUAAAACAAUAACUCUUUGGCUAUCAAUAAACUUAACAAUUUAAUUCAUAAACCCUAAUAAUUACCCUUCAAAUAUGGAUCUAUCUUAAAAACAACACAUGAACUAUUUUCAAGGUACACAAGGGAGCUAACUGCAUACUGCUACUAGAAUUACUUUAAGCCACAAAAGAUGAAAGGAAAUGUAUGACUUGAGGCAGUGAUUCUAGAAUACCGAGGUGUUACCACAGUUGUUGAGGUGUGAGAAAAUGACAGUUGUGGAAGUGUGUAACAAUAAGCAAGAACUUGGAUCAGAUGGUUAAAACUUGUGAAUUGUGUCUUAACUGUUUUAUACAAAUGUUUUUAAUGAUCUUUGAGCAAAUAAAUAAGAAUACUA